AUGCAAGAUACAUUUCACCAAAAGCUUUCGUCGAUUGUGAAAAUUCUAAAAUCAUCCCCGGGGUCAGUGACUGUACAGAACAUUCAACGUCUUUCAAACAUUCACAAGUUUGAGACAUUCAUAGAAACUAUCAAUGACAAAGUCAAAAGAUUAUCAAUUGCUGGUAAGAUCCUUGUGAUGGAUAUUGAUUUCAUCGAGCUCCCUAGUAAGAAUAAAGAUCAAACCAGGUUUGAAUUGAACGAUGUGAGGUUGAUUUUGGCCAAUAAUAACAAUAGUUUUAAGUAUGUCAAUACUGAAAAUGGUGAAAAUAUUUUGAAGAAUUGUCUCCUCAACUAUCCAGAUUUAUCCAAAUUUGAUGAAACCUUAGAAACUCUAUCCAUUUUUGAUCAAGUUAGUCAUGAUGAUUUUGAUCUGUUUGAUUAUUACAUGAAAAUAUAUGAUGCAUUUCACCAGAUACCAGAAUUUGAUGUUAAGAUGAAUACAAAUGACAAAUUUACAAUCAUUGUCCAAGAUAUGUUUGAAGUUAGUCUUGUAAAUGAUGAAAGGUUGAAUCUAUCAAGAAUUGAAUAUAAUGGAGAAUGGAAUGAUAAAAAGCAAAAAAUAAAUGAUGUUGGCUUACAAGUGAAAUUUAUCGGUGAUGUUUCAAUUGCAAUUACCAAAAACAUUUUAUUACAAAAUGAUCUUAUUUUUGAUGAUUCAAAAAAGAAAAAACUUUUUGAUAGUAAUGAAGUUUUCAAAUCCAAGAAAAAUUCCAAUCUAACAUUUCAAGGCUUCCAAUUUCUAGAAAGUGAAGUUUUGCUAAUAUCAGAAGUCUUUAGUAACGACUUACCAUCAUUGAUGAAAGUGCUGGUUGAGCUUCAUAAGUUUUCUAAGUUGGAAAGAUUUAUUGAACAAUUGAAACAAAACUUUACAUUGAUUGAUAAGUUUGCAGAUUUAGAGAAUGAAGAUGUUAGACUGAACGAUUUUUUAAAUGGUGAAAGUAUAGAUGAAAUUGAAGUUGAACAUCAUUUUAUUACCAUGAGCUUAAAGCAACAACAAAUUGAAUUGAAGAGUGAUGAUAGUGAAUAUAAUUUUACAAUUGAUACAUCUAUCCAACACAAACUAGAUGAGGGAUUAGAAAAAUUGAAGGGAAUACUCGAAAAGUAA